UCACCAAAGACUGCUGCUUUACAAUCAGCAUCGAUUUAUAAAGAAUUGGAAGAGCUGUUAGCGGAAACGAGACACCAUAUGCGUUUGCAUUGGUUUGACAAAUGUUUGUUAACGAUAACGCAACUUGCCGUAACGUCCGUUGUUAUAUUUAUGAUUUGCGGUGUUGGUGCACUCGUUUGGAUCCUAUUAAGUCAUUACAAUAUAGAAGUGCCCGGAACUAUCUCGGUUAUGAUUGUACCAACAGUCAUUACUACCAUCAUUCACAUCUUCCCAGCGAUUAUCUCCUACCUAGCAUCGUUAGAACACUACAACAACAAACGCACGGAACUUUAUGUGACAGUUGUCAGAAAUUACGUGGUUGCCGCGACGAUAAUCGGCACUUUAAUCGCCUUCUGGAUAAUCAACAGUACAUCGCACUGUUGGCAAACGCACUUGGGGGAAGAAAUCUAUCGGCUUGUCAUAUUGGAUUUUAUCGCUUCGCUAUUUGGGACGUGUUUGCAUCUUGCACGUUCCAAGCUUUAUAAAAAAUUAUCGACGAAAGUCUGCAGACCGGAAUUCGAUAUCGCUCGCAAUACAUUAAAUCUUAUAUACAAUCAGACGCUCUUUUGGAUGGGAUUUUAUUUCAGUCCGUUGAUGUCUGUUAUGAUCGUGAUAAAAUUAAUUUUCAUAUUUUACGUGAAGAGGUACGAGCUGAAAAGAUACUACCAGCGGCCGUCACGGCCUUGGCGUGCGGCACAAACGCAAACGCUGUUCUUGGCUCUUGCGUUUCUCAGCAUUAUCAUCGUGCUGUUCACGAUAGGAUACGUCAUCACAAACGUGAAGAGUAACGAAUGCGGACCGUUCAGAAAUCAUCCUCACACUUGGGAUUUUAUUGUCGACGGAAUGUUAUCGUUGAAAAGAGAUAGCCCGUUCUGGAACGUUGUUUCAAAGCUUGCGAGCCCAGUAACCGGCGCUGUAAUAUUGAUUGGCAUGUGUAUCGCGGUGUAUUGUCUACGGGCAGAAACGAAAGCGAGUGAGGAAAUGUUACGAAUUUUGUCCGACAUGCUUCUUCUGCAGUCUCAAGAUAAGCAGUUUCUGUUAAAAACUUUCGGUAAAUGUGCUAACAAACGUGCGCCUGUUCCUAACGAGAUUAAUCUUUCCCAGGAUGUUGGGCUUGCCGAGGAAAAUUGUGGAAAUGAAGAAGUUUUACUUUCUCGCCGACGUAACUUACCGUCGACUAGUUUCGAAGAAAGAUGAUUGUAAAUGAAGAUGAAAGUUAAUAAUAUGCACUAGUUGACAAUUUGAUGACAAACUGCCAAAGCAUGUAUUAGAAAGGUUUAUUUUCGUACAGUUAUAUUUACACUUAAAUCUCAUCUGAGAAUAUUGCUUCUACGAUUGCCUAAAUCUGAACAUUCAAAACUGUCGUAUAUGAUAAAAUAAGAACAUAUUUUUAAUACAAUAAGUAUUUUAUAUGAUAUAUACAAGUAAUAAUUAUUUAUGUAAGUAGAUAUUUGCGGAAGA